AUGGAGAAAGUGAAUUUCAAAGAGAGGCGUAGUCAGGCAAAGUUAUUAGGAAGAGUGAUUGCAACUAGUGGUGCUAUUCUCAUUUGCCUUUAUAAUGGACAAGCCAUUGAUGUCUCUUCCAAAUCUCAAACAUCAACUACCCAUGAAAGAUUUACAGAGAAUUGGAUUGAAGGUCCCGUGUUUGUCAUCAUCGCGAAUGUCUCAUAUGUUGUUUAUUGUGUUACCAUGGGUAGUGUUCUUGUGGAGUAUCCAUCUCCUCUAGCAAUAAUAUCAAUUAUAUCGUUCUUAGGAACAAUUAUGAAUGUUGGAGUUGCUUUAGGGUUGGAGUUUAAGCAUCCCGCUUCUUGGAUUAUUGGGUGGAAUGUCAUAUUUUUGGUAUAUGUAUACGCAGGAAUAAUUAUUUCAGGACUGAUGGCAUACAUUAUAAGUGCAUUGACACAAAUGAAAGGUUCAGUUUUUGUGGCGGCCUUUAGCCAACAUCAAUGGUCCUUGUUAUGGUUAUUGGUUUCAUCGCACUAG